GAUAAAUGAAACCACUAGAUGGCUAGAACGAAUUAAUAAUUUAUAUAUUUAAUAUUUUUGCCUGCGUAAAAGGUAAAAGCAUUAUUUGAAAGCAUAUCCAAGGUUGAUACAAAUUUAAUUACACGUGUAUGUAGACCGUGUAUAUAACAUAAAAAUAAAUAAGGAAAGUUGCCGUCAGUACAGUUUACAGUGAAAAGUUUAGAUUGGUCAAAAUCGAAAAAAUGCUAGACCAUAAUCAACUGGACGAAGUGUCAUCGGUUAAUUUUGAAGCUGCUACUCUGAGAAUUUCUAACAAAGAAGACAGUGAGAAAACGCGGGAAGGUUCAAACACCGAGGAAAUAAAAAAGGACUCUAGUGUCCUGAGCGUACCGUACAAAAACAUCGACGUCCAUACUUUUUUCUCCGACCGGGACGAAGUUGUGGAACGUGCGAUCAAAGAGUGCCGGGAAACUUUGGCUACUGAUCAGAAUGACGAAAUAAUUGGAACUUGGCUGUUGACUGAGAUCAGUCUCUGGGACACUGAAAAAGAGCGAGUGGUGCUGUUGACGAAAAACGCAUUGUACACGAUCAAGUAUGACUUUAUAUCACUCAAGUUGCUCGAGUUCAACAGAGUACCGAUGAUUGAGGUGGAUACAAUUGCCUAUGGAGAAUUGGAGUACCCUAAAACUUCAAUUGCUCCGCGAUUGAACGGUCUUGCUGAAGGUGUGUCAUCGGUGAUACAUUGUGCAGUGCGUCAACAAUGGUCAUCUUUGGCUUCGAGUUCUGAAAUUAAAUUUGAACCUAGAAAAAGAAACACAUUUGGUGUAAAAAUAAUGUGGAACAAAGGCAAACCCUUGUCUUUAGACAAAAAAUGGAAUCCUUUUGCCAAACGUAUUCCCUGGGUAACAUAUACAAGUCAUCCUCUCUACUGGCAUAAAAGUACAAGUGAAGAACAGAAGCGGUUUGACGUUGACGAUUUUCACGAUGCUUUGAUGACUCACUUCAAUAUGCAGUGCGAAUUUACCAAGAGUCAAAUAAUUAUUGAAAAUUACCUCGGCUUAGGCGCAAUUCUGCACAAUCGCAACUCUUUGGGAUUUUUCAGAGUGCGUGGGAAAGUCAGUUUCUAAAAAGUUUACCAAAAAUGCACUGAGAUACUCUUCUCUGUUUAAAAACAAUAAUUUCAAGGAAUUCAAAAUAGGUCACCAAAUUCAAUUGUACAUCUAUACUAGAUGCUACAAUGGCGUCCGUGACUUUUGGGACACCCUGUAUAUUAAUAACUGUUCCUAUUUUAUCUCUGUUUUCACUUAUCAUUGAGAGAAACUGUAUACUGGUAAAAAAGUUAAUUUGAUUCAAGAGAAAAAAUUCUUGAACCAAAAACAACUUCAUUUAAACCAAGAAUAAUUUUUUUUU